GCAUCCAUGGAAGGAAUCGGUCGGCAAAGAGCGACAGCGCGCAGUAUUUCGUCGAUGGGAGCGCAUUCACGAGCUACGCGGCCAGGAAUCGUCGAUAAGAUCAUAGAUUUCGAUCUCACUUGCCUCGCAGACGUGAAGAAUGAGCGCCACGGCCUCCCGCCGCUCCGCCUUGCCCACUGGUGCCAUAGCCAUACCAGUUUAGGGUUUUAUGAUUCAAAGGCUAUGGCGGAAAUGCCGCUAGAAAGCUGUGGGUGUGGAGGGCUCGUCGUGAGUAGCAGAUGGAAUCCGGGCUUCUUUGCCAGCGCCGUGCCACUGAAGGUGUCGCUUCUUUCCAGAUUGAAGCAGCAAUCCUCGCAGCGAUGGCCGCGAAUUCGAUGCGUGAGUAGCCGCGUCACCGAGCAUAGCUUGCGGCAUCAGCCUGGAAUCCACAUUGAUGGCGGCGAUGGCGCUCGAGCUCACCCGCGGCUCAUGGAUUGGAUGCUCGAGCAGGGUCUUCCGCCGUGCAAGGUCUCGCUCAAGGAGCGCGAUUUGAAUGGAAAGACGAUCAGAUACGUGGUUGCGAGCGAAGAUUUAAAGCCUGGAGACUUGGCGCUCUCAGUUCCUAUGUCCUUGGUGGUAACACUGGAAAGAGUUCUAGGCAAUGAAACCAUUGCUGAAUUGCUGACUACCAACAAACUCUCCGAGCUUGCAUGCCUCGCGCUCUAUCUUAUGUACGAGAAGAAACGCGGCAAAGAGUCGUUUUGGUACCCCUUUAUUCGGGAGCUCGAUCGGCAGCGUGGUCGAGGACAAGUCGCUGUAGAGUCUCCGUUGCUAUGGACCUCGGAAGAGCUUGACGAGUAUUUCACGGGAAGUCGAAUGAAGGAGGUCGUACUGGAGCGCCUCGAGGGGAUUAAGCGAGAAUAUCAAGAGCUCGACACUGUAUGGUUUAUGGCCGGUUCGCUUUUCAAGGAGUAUCCUUUCGAUAUUCCAACAGAGGCAUUCUCUUUUGAGAUUUUCAAGCAGGCCUUUGUCGCGGUCCAGUCUUGUGUCGUUCACUUACAGGGAGUAAGUCUGCCUCGACGUUUCGCUCUAGUGCCUCUUGGUCCACCACUAUUGGCUUACAAGAGCAAUUGCAAGGCCAUGCUCAAGGCUGCAGGGGACUUAGUCCGUUUGGAAGUCGAUAGAGCUUACAAGAAAGGAGAGCAAAUUCUUGUCUGGUGUGGUCCUCAGCCAAACACGAGAUUAUUGCUGAAUUAUGGUUUCGUAGAUCCAGAUAAUCCACACGAUCGUCUUAGUGUUGAGGCCUCGUUAAACACUCGGGAUCCAUUCUACCAAAACAAGCGGAUUAUUGUCCAGAAGAACAACAGGCUGACAAUACAAAACUUUCAGAUUUUCAAAGGCAGGGAGAAAGAGGCCGUUCUUGAGAUGCUGCCAUACUUGAGGCUUGGACACGUCUCUGAUCCGUACCAUAUGGAAUCUGUAUUUUCUGCUGAAGGUCCAACUUGUCCGGUGAGCGCUUGCAACGAACGAGCAGUUCUCGACCAGCUUGCGCAGUACUUUCAAGAGAGGAUAGCAAAAUACAAGACCACGAUCGACGAGGAUAGAGCUCUGCUCGAAGAUUGCUCCAGUGAUAUCAAUCCCAAGCAAAGAGUCGCGACCCAGCUGCUGCUUAUCGAGAAGGAAAUCCUCCACAACACUCUCGACGUUGUGAAUGGAUUCCGGAACCAGUUGCCGGAUGGAUCAGUAGCUCCUCCCUGCUGCGGAGAUUUCGUCCCAAAGCUCAAGUGAAAAAACGAAAGGAAGAAGAUCGAUUCAACAAAAGCUUUGGUCGCGAAGAAGAAUCGCGAAGGUCUAAAAGCUUGACGAGCAAAAAGAAGAUCCACCCAAUGGGAUCGUUCCAGAGCAACCGCCAAGCGUCCCGGCAUAUUUCUCGGAAUAUACCUUUCCCCGCCAUGCGGCAAGAUGCCCAUGUCAUGUAUGGGUCCGGUCCAUCCACGUCAUGGCACGAUUUUAUUAUAUGGCCGCGCCACGUGGCCAGAUGCAGUUCCUCGA